CUGGAGGAAGGACCGUCUCCGUCCUGGCUUCCGGAGCCCCAGAGAUGGACCGGUUUCACACCUGAUGACCUGGCAGGUGGAUGAACUCCUGUCCUUUCGGACCCCACUCUUGACAGACAGGGGAACACAGAGGAAGAGAUUAUGGCUGCUGUGGUUUUUUCUGUUGGACCUCUGUGGACCGUUGGUACCUGAUGCUCUGCUGUGGGUCGUCAGCAGCCUGUCGCUGAGUGAUCAUAUCCUGUAUCCCUUCAGAAUCCUGAAGUCUCCAAGCCAGAUGAAGACCACCUUCAGGCAGAAGAACCAGAAUUGGUAAAGGAUCCCGUGACAUUUAAAGAUGUGGCCGUAGAUUUCUCAUUAGAAGAGUGGAGGUUGAUGGACCUUUCCCAGAGGAACCUGCACAAGGAUGUGAUGCUAGAGAAUUACAGGAAUCUUGUCUCCCUGGGGCUUGCAGUUUCCAAACCAGACAUGAUAUCUCAUUUGGAGGAUGGAAAAGGACCAUGGGUGGUAGUGAGGGAAAUUGCAAGAACCCCCUAUCCAGAGUUGGAGACCAGACCUGUAGCCAGGAAUGUUGUAUCAACAGCGGAGACUUCUAGAGCUGGAUCGCAAGAAGCCAUAAUAGAUAAACUCACAGAGAACGGUCUGUGGAACCCCAGAAUGGGAGGAUUAUGGAAAUGGAACGAAAGGAUACUGAGAUUGCAGAAAAGUCGGGAAAAUCAUUUGAGUCAAAGAACAGUUACUCACAAGAAAAUUCCCACUGGUCAAAGAGGAUUUAGAUUUGGAUCUAUUCUUUUUCCAGAAGCAGGAGUUCUCAGAGAUGAGCCCCACAGCAAAUGCCAAACGCAUGAAAAUGUCACUGAGAAUUUAGAUUUGAUUACAGAUACCUCUCCGGGAAAAAAGAUUUACAAGGAUACAGAAGGCAGCAAAGCCAUAAGGCCUACUUCAGAACUUACUUUAGGGAAAAAAUACAAUAAUAAAGAAAAACCCUAUAAAUGUAGCACCUGUGAAAAGUCCUUUCGUUACAGGUCAUUACUCAUUCAACAUCAGAGAACACACACUAAAGAAAAACCUUAUGAAUGUAAUGAAUGUGGGAAAAUGUUCAGCCAGCCUUCAUAUCUCAGUCAACAUAAAAAAAUUCAUACUGGAGAAAAACCCUAUAAGUGUAACGAAUGUGGAAAGGCCUUCAUUGCUUCUUCAUCGCUUAUGGUACAUCAGAGAAUUCAUACUAAGGAGAAACCUUAUCAAUGCAAUGUCUGUGGAAAAUCUUUUAGCCAGUGUGCUCGCCUUAAUCAACACCAGAGAAUUCAAACCGGAGAGAAGCCCUGUAAAUGUAGUGAAUGUGGGAAGGCUUUCAGUGAUAGAUCAAAACUUGCAAGACAUCAGGAAACUCACAAUGGAGAGAAACCCUACAAAUGCAAUGAUUGUGGGAAAGCCUUUAGGAAUAAGUCCUAUCUCAGUGUACAUCAGAAGACCCACACUGAAGAGAAACCAUAUAAAUGCAAUGAGUGUGGGAAGUCUUUCAAGAAUACCACAAUUUUUAAUGUUCAUCAGAGAAUUCAUACUGGCGAGAAACCCUUUAGAUGUAAUGAAUGUGGAAAAGCCUAUAGAAGUAAUUCAAGCCUUAUUGUACAUAUAAGAACUCACACUGGGGAGAAACCUUAUGAAUGUAAUGAAUGUGGGAAAGCAUUCAAUCGCAUAGCAAAUUUCACAGAACAUCAAAGAAUUCAUACAGGAGAAAAACCCUAUAAAUGUAAUGAAUGUGGAAAAGCCUUCAUUAAUUAUUCAUGCCUUACUGUACACCACAGAAUGCAUACAGGAGAGAAACCUUAUAAAUGUAAUGAAUGUGGAAAGGCCUUCAUGCGUUCUUCAUCCCUAAUUAUACAUCAGCGAAUUCAUACUGAAGAAAAACCUUAUCUGUGUAAUGAAUGUGGGGAAUCUUUCAGAAUAAAAUCACACUUAACUGUACAUCAGAGGAUUCAUACUGGAGAGAAACCAUAUAAAUGUACUGACUGUGAGAGGGCAUUUACCAAAAUGGUAAAUCUCAAGGAGCAUCAGAAAAUCCAUACUGGAGUGAAACCUUAUAAGUGCUAUGAUUGUGAGAAAUCUUUCAGGACUAAGUCCUACCUUAUUGUACAUCAAAGGACCCAUACUGGAGAAAAACCAUAUAAAUGUAAUGAAUGUGAAAAGGCUUUCACUAAUACAUCACAACUCACUGUACAUCAAAGAAGGCAUACUGGAGAAAAACCCUAUAAAUGUAACGAGUGUGGGAAGGUUUUCACAAGUAACUCGGGCUUUAAUACCCAUCAGAGAACACAUACCGGAGAGAAACCAUUUAAAUGUAAUGACUGUGGGAAAGCCUUUAGCCAGAUGGUACAUGUCACAGAACAUCAGAAAAUCCAUAGUGGAGAGAAACCCUAUAAAUGUGAUGUCUGUGGAAAAGCCUUCAGGAGAGGUUCAUACCUUACAGUCCAUUGGAGAACACAUACUGGAGAAAAACCCUAUACAUGUAAGGAAUGUGGAAAAGGAUGUAUCACUCUAUCCCAGUUAACUCUUCAUCAGAGAAUUCAUACUGGGGAAAGGCCCUAUAAAUGUGAAGAAUGCGGAAAAGCCUUCAGAACCAACUCAGACUUUACUGUACAUUUGAGGAUGCAUACUGGGGAAAAACCAUAUAAGUGUCAUGAAUGUGGAAAAGCCUUUAGGAGUAGCUCAAGCCUUACUGUACACCAGAGAACACAUCAGAGAGAAACUCAGUUAAUAUGAAAAGUAAUAAAUCAUUCAUCCAGAUGUCAACUCCGCAAGGAGAACUUCUAAACUGUGUCUUUUAUGAAUGUGAGAAAACUUUCAGGAGCAAUUCACCAGAAAACACACCCUUAAGAGAUACUUUAUAAACAUAAGAAUGUGGAAAACUUGUAUUAAGUCUUAGAAGUUAUAAGAAAAUUUCACAGAGAAAAAUAAUGGACAAAUGAAAGCCUUCACCCAGAUUUCAUACUUUGUUCACUUACAUUGUCUUCCAUGAAUUGCCUAUAUACUUUUUUGCCUAUUUUUCUAUUGAUUUGUCUUUCUUAUAAAUCUGGAGGUGCUCUUUGUAUAUUUGAAGUAUUAAUCCUUAGUCAUGUGUGUGUUGAAAAUUUUUUAAUCUAGCGUUUGUCUUUAUGCUGUUUUAUAUGGUAAAAGAAGUCCCCACAUUUUAAUUUUUCAUAGAUAUUUUCCUUUUUAGACUAAUUUACUCUUUUAGUUAAAAGAGUCUCCUUAAUCCCUAGGUUAUACAUAGUGUUCUAAAUUUGUUUCUAAGAUUUUGAUAAUUUUAUAUUUUAUAUUAAAGUCUUUAAUCCAUCUGAACUAGAUGGCUAGUCAUAGAAGAACAAAUUGCCAUUAAUCUCUGAAAAUAUUAUGAACCUAAGUAGUACUCAGGGAAAUGCAAAUUAAAACAACCAAUGAGAUGCCACCUCCACUAAAUGGAGUUGGCAAAAAUUAAGAGAUCUUUUGCUAGUGGGAUUUGGGAAACCAUCUACUCUUACAGAAAAGGGUAAAUAUUUGUAUUAACUUCUAUUUCCACCAGCAAUUAAGCAAUAUAUAUUUAAUUUUUUGAUAAAAUUUUAAAAUAAAAAUACUUUGAUUUAGCAGUCUCACUUUGGGGAUCUUCCCCAUAGAAAUAACAGCAUCAAUGCAGAAGAAUACACAUAAGUGAGGAUUUUUGUUGAAGUAUUGUUUGUAGAGGCAAAGUAGAAAACCAAGUGGCGACUAAGUGAAUGCCCAUGAAGUGGGGAAUGGUUGAAUAAAGUGUGAUAUAGCCAUUCUAUGGAACAGCACGAGUAAUUUUUAAAAUUAGUUUUAUCUACACUAGUUGACCUCAAGGUAUUUCCACAGUUUUUAAUAACUAAUUGCUUUAUUACAGAGCUUUAUGUGUACAGGAUUUCAUUUUUUAUUAAAUGAUCAUACCUAUUUAUGUAUAUAUAUAUAUGUAUGUGAUGAGCAUGGAAACAAGUAUAUAUAUAUCAGAAGAAUAUAUACCAGGCUGUUAUUAUUGGUUACCUUGAAGGAAGGGAGAAGUAGAGCGAUAAAUAGGGGAAAGGACUGGAAAAAAAUUUUUUAAAUGUAAGUGCAGCAUGUAUGGUGUAAAAUUCUAUAUGAAACUGUAUUUGUAUGAACUUUUGAGAGCCAUGAAUGAAAGGAUGGUCUCCAAAAAGUUAAAUUGUUUUAGAGUUGGUGGAGUAGGCAGUAUUUUUUUGUCUGAUUACUACGCACUUAUGUAUUUCAUAAGCUUUUCUUCCCAACAAGCAUGUAAUAUUUAACAUAAACAGGAAAAACCUAUUUUACUUGUGAAGGUAAUUUAUUGGACACCUGUUAUGUACCAAGAUUUACCCUAAUAUAGUGGCAGGGUAGGGGCACUCAUGGAUCUGAGAGCAUGAGAAUUUGUUCUGAUGCCGCCUAGAUUCCAAGGAAGUUACCCAGCACUUCAUUUCCCUCAUUUAGAAGAGGUAGUAAUUUCAGACAAACGAAAAACAUAUCUAAGAAUAUCUGGAACUUCUAUCCAGGCUAUAGACCAGAAGACUGCAAGCCUCAAGAAAAGUUCCACCCUCAACAUGGCACUGAAAAAAAGGUCACAAUGGUGAAAAGUUCCGUGUACAGCCUCCGAGAACAUUGCAUGAUGGAAUAUAGAGAGGGGAAACAGCCAGACACCCAAGUCCAUGAAGGAAGUCUUGUGAGUUCUGGAACUACUGAGUGCUGGAACAAAAAUGAGAACCAAGACGCUAUGGCCCUGAUAUCCGAAGGCCCUAAGAAACCAUGGAGCUGCUAUCCAAAAAGGACAAGACAUGAUGAGCUGUGCUUUAGUAGAGGCUGAAGGAAAGAGAAUCCCAGUACCCCUCUCACAAUGUUAGAAUAUGUAUGUAUCCAAAAUUGCGAAGGGGAUGUUGGACAAAUGAUAGGCGCUACCUCCCAUUACAAGUAAAUAAUUUGACACUGGUUAAAAUGACCAUUUCAGAUUGAAUUUUAAUAGUGGGAUUUAUGAAUUGUUACCAAGAGACAUACCUCCUUUGGAUAUAAUGUACCAGUUUCUGAUUGGAAAGUUUAGAGUUACACCUUGACACACUAUCCUUAAGAAACCCUGCUGAACAGUUGACACGA